GCCAUUACCGGCAGUACUGUUUACUUUAUAAGCCCGAGGAAAUAUGUUAUUUUUGAAACGAUUUUACAGCAGCUCGCAACGAAUAGCCCAGGUGGCAAAGUUCAGCACACCAGGAGACUCAUUAAGCAUUCAGGGCUGGAUACGUAACAUCCGCAAAUUGAAGAGCAACACAUUUCUGGAUGUCAACGAUGGAUCCACAAGUACCAGAUUCCAAGUGGUUGUGCCCAAGACUCCAGAGAACCAGCAUCUCGCGCCUGGCAGCGUAAUAUCUGCCCAAGGACAAAUCCAAGUGGCACCCAAUGGCAGUUAUGAGCUGCAUGCAAGUCAUGUGGAAACGCUGGCUGAUGGACAUCUUCAAGAAGGCUACCCUUUCGCACCAAAGCAAAAGCUCCCGCCGGAAUACGUCAGAGAGCAUCUACAUCUUCGUUCCCGCGUGGAUUACAUAGCUGCCCAAAUGAGAAUCAGACAUAAGGCCCAAAAAGCCAUUCACGACUACAUGGAUGAGCUUGAUUUCGUUCAAAUCAAUACUCCCCUAUUGACCACCAAUGAUUGCGAGGGAGCUGGAGAGGUAUUCCGAGUUCAACCAGACUCUGAAGCGUUACUGAAAAAUAUGGCCAAGCCUAAUGUUCCCCUAGACCAGAGUUACUUCGAUGAAAAGGUCUUCCUCAGUGUAUCCGGUCAAUUGCACCUGGAGGCCAUGACCUAUGGUCUGGGAAACACUUACACCUUCUCACCCGCGUUUCGAGCGGAGAACUCAAAAUCCCCACUACACUUGGCUGAAUUCUACAUGUUUGAAGCAGAGCUCUCCCAUUUAAAAAAAGUGGAGAAGCUAGCCGCAUUUAUUGAGAAGAUGCUUAAGUCAAUAACAAGUCGUUUACUGGAGUCAAGCUCAGAGGAUCUUAACUUCUGCCAGCGAAACGCCAACUCUUCCUGUGACCUAGCCUGGUUAAAUGUGCCGUGGAAGAUAGUCAGCUAUGACGAAGCUCUCCAAAUCCUGCAAGAUAAUGUUGAUAGCCUGAAAACCCCUAUUAGCAUUCAGGAUGGGUUCUCCAAAGACCAGGAACUCUAUUUAGUUUCUCACUUCGCCGCGCCAGUUUUUGUUGUGGACUGGCCCGCUCACCAGAAACCUUUUUAUAUGAAAGUUUCAAGAAAGAACCCAGACAGAGUCCAUGCUUUGGAUCUCUUGAUGCCAGCUGUAGGAGAACUGUGUGGUGGAAGCAUCCGUGAAAGUGAUCCCAGCAUAUUAAGCUCCCACCCACAACUGCCAAAAAAUCUGGCCUGGUAUGUGGACCUUCGAAAGUACGGCGGGAUCCCAACGGGGGGCUUUGGAAUGGGCUUUGAGCGUUACUUGCAAUUAGUUACAGGCGUUAAAAAUAUUCGGGAUGUAAUACCCUUUCCCAGAUAUCCCCAUAGCUGCAAGAUGUGA